AUGAAGCUACUUCUUUCUCUGACUCUCAUCUGGGCUCUCUCCAGCACAACUGCUGCUCUUGUGUGUCAGACUUGCACUGAUGAUUCAUGUACAAGCACCACGCCACGAACAUGUUCCACAGAGACAAUGUGUAUAACUGCCGCCAUUGAAGCUGUUUCAUCUGGAACUCCUGGCCAACAAAUCUUUAAGGCGUGUGCAUCGUCCUCCCUGUGUCCAGCCACAGGAUCUCAGAUAUUUUCAGUCAACUUGGGUGUUUCGAGUGCACUUGCAUCUGCUACAUGCUGCAACACAGACAACUGCAACUCAGCCACUCUAUCAUUCCCCACCACUCCACCAGUCAACAGCCUCCAGUGUAAUUCAUGUAACCCUGCCACAUCACAAUGCACCACUUCAGUACAGUGUACAGGAACACAAGAUCGCUGCAUUCAAGCAAGUUGUGAUGGACCAACGUGCUGUGACACAAAUCUAUGUAACACUGUCACAACAACUGCUGCCCCAACUACAACUGCUGCAGCAACUACAACUGCUGCCCCAACUACAACUGCUGCCGCAACUACAACUGCUGCAACUGCUGCUCCAACUACAACUGCUGCCCCAACUGCUGCAGCAACAACCGGCUCCAACUACAACUGCUGCAGCAACAAGCUGCUGCAGCUCUACAACUGCUGCUGCCCCAACUACAACUGCUGCUCCAACUACAACUGCUGCCCCAACUACAGCUGCUGCUCCAACUACAACUGCUGUUCCAGCAACCGCAACUGCUUCCCCAACUUCAGUUGCUACCCCAACUGCAACAGGUGCACCACCUACAGCAACCCCUGCCCCAACAGUCCUCUCAACUAUAGCAACCUCUGCUCCACCAACAGCAACAUCCAACUUAGCGACACAAAACAACCCAACUACAACUACCUCCAGUUCUGCUUGUUGUAUCAGACUGGUUGGUGGUUGUGUGAAGUGGAAGUUACAUUUAGUCAAAAGUCUAAAGAGUCUGGGUGA